AAACACGCCCUUUUUCAUCAGCUAGCGGGACAAGAAAGAGAGAGGCUAGCAGCGGUAGCAUCCCAGUCCCCUAAUGCACCUCCAACCACCCGGCCUGGACUGGAGCUGGACUGACCAGCUGGGACGGCACAUCAGGAUGUGGAAAGCACUCCCCGUGAAUUUCUUUCUGUUAACUUUAUUCGCGCUUCAGUGCCAUUCUCAAGGAUGCGAGAGCGGGCAGUUCCGCUGUGCAAACGGCCGCUGUGUUCCCGCUGGCUGGCAGUGCGAUGGGAUAGCGGAUUGUUCCGACGAUUCGGACGAAAGUGGCUGCCCCGAGACGACCUGUGCCGAAGGCCAGUUCCGCUGCGCCAGCGACGGCGGCUGCAUCCCCGCGGGCUGGGUGUGCGACGAUGAGGAGGACUGCGAGGACGGCACGGACGAGAGGCAGCACUGUCCUGGCAGAACAUGCUCAAGUGGGCAAUUCACCUGCACCAAUGGAGCCUGCAUCCCGGGGGACUACAGGUGUGAUCGGGUCUCUGACUGCUCCGAUGGAGCUGAUGAGAGAGGCUGCAAUUAUCCUCAGUGUACAGAGCUGAGGUGUGAAAAUGGAGCCUGCUAUAACCAGAGUCAGCACUGUGACGACAUCAUAAAUUGCAGAGAUGGUUCUGAUGAAGCCAACUGCACACAGCGGUGUGGUAGCACUCAGUUCCACUGCGGCAAUGGGGAAUGUAUCCCGCAGAGAUACAUCUGUGACCAUGACGACGACUGUGGAGACAGAAGCGAUGAACAGGACUGCACUUAUCCCACUUGCAGUGGGAAUUACUUUACUUGUCCAAGUGGGCGCUGCAUUCAUCAGAGCUGGCUUUGUGAUGGAGAUGAUGACUGUGAAGAUAAUGCUGAUGAGAGAGGCUGUGAAUCAUCAGAGCACGAGUGCUACCCAGGGGAGUGGCCAUGCCCUGCCUCUGGCGUCUGUAUCUCCCUUGAAAAGCUUUGUGAUGGAACCAACCACUGCCCUGGGGGGGAGGACGAGACCAACACAACUGCAGGCAGGAAUUGUAGUGUAUCUAGGUGUGCAUCUCUAAGCUGUGAGCAUCGGUGUCAUCCGUCUCCUGCAGGAGGGACUUGCUACUGUCCUUCAGGUUACGUCGUCAAUAUUAAUGACAGCCGAUCCUGCACAGAUUUUGACGAGUGCAAGAUGUGGGGUGUUUGUGACCAGAUGUGUGAAGACAGAACUGGCAGUCACAGAUGCAGCUGUCUGGAAGGCUAUGUCCUGGAACAACACAGGCAUUGCAGAGCUAACACUUCAUCUGGGCUGCCGUUACUUAUAUUCUCCAAUGGAAGAGAUCUGCUGGUUGGCGAUAUCCAUGGGCACAGCUCUCGGAUACUUGCGCAGUCCCAGAACCGCGGUAUAGCUGUCGGAGUAGAUUACCAUUAUUACUUACACAGAGUCUUCUGGACAGACACCAUUCAGAACAAGGUGUUCUCUGUGGAUAUUGAUGGUUCCCGGAUCCAGGUGGUCUUAAACGUAUCAGUUGACUACCCUGAAAACCUAGCGGUGGACUGGGUAAACAAUAAGCUGUAUGUAGUGGAGGGGAGUGUGAACAGGAUAGACAUGGUGGAUUUAGAUGGGGAUAACCGCGUGACCCUGAUCGCUGAGAACCUGGGAAACCCAAGAGGCAUCGCAGUCGAUCCCACAGUGGGGUUUCUGUUUUUCACAGACUGGGAUCGUGUUACAGGGGAGCCCGGCCUUGAGAGAGCCUACAUGGAUGGAACAAACCGCUAUGAAAUAGUUAAGACUAAGCUGGGCUGGCCAGCUGGAAUAACACUGGAUAUUGUGGCUAAGAGAGUUUACUGGGUUGAUAGUCGAUAUGACUACAUUGAAACAACAAAUUAUGAUGGCCUGCAUAGGAAAACUGUGGUUCAUGGAGGGUCACUCAUUCCGCAUCCCUUCGGAGUCAGCCUGUUUGAACACACUGUGUAUUUCACUGAUUGGACUAAAAUGGCUGUGAUGAAGGCAAACAAGUUCUUCGAGAAUAACCCUCAGGCUGUCUACCAGACCCCACUGACUCCCUACGGCGUGACUGUCUACCAUUCCCUCAGACAGCCUUACGCGAGAAACCCGUGUGGGAGCAACAAAGGCGGCUGCGACCACAUUUGCGUGCUGAGCCACAGGACAGACAACGAUGGCCUGGGCUACCGCUGCAAGUGUCGGAUGGGCUACGACCUGCACUCCGACGGAAGACGCUGUGUGGCCGUGAGGCAGUUCCUGCUCUUCUCCAGUCAGCUGGCGGUGAGAGGAAUCCCCUUCAAUCUCUCCUCCCAGGAGGAUAUCAUCCUGCCCGUGACUGGAAGCCCGUCCUACUUUGUUGGAGUCGAUUUCAGCGCAGAGGACGACACCAUUUUCUUUUCUGACACUGCAAAAGAUAUAAUUUAUAAACAGAAAGUGGAUGGGACAGGCAGAGAGGUUCUUGCAGCCAAUAGGGUAGAUGGUGUUGAAGAUCUGGCGUUUGACUGGAUUUCAAAAAACCUGUACUGGACUGACCCCCGAUACAGGAGCAUAUCAGUGAUGAAGCUGGCAGACAAGUCCAGAAGAGCAAUAAUACAGAAUCUCAACAACCCUAGAUCACUAGUGGUGCAUCCAGGAAUAGGGUACAUCUUUUGGACGGACUGGUAUCGUCCUGCCAAAAUCAUGAGGGCCUGGUGCGACGGGUCACAUGCACUGUCGAUUGUAAACACAACACUUGGCUGGCCCAACGGUCUGGCCAUCGACUGGAGUUCUCUACGCUUGUACUGGGUAGACGCAUUCUUCGAUAAGAUUGAGCACAGCACAUUUGACGGAUUAAAUAGAUUGACUCUUGACCGUAUCAGCCAGAUGUCACAUCCUUUUGGUCUUACCAUCUUUGGAGCAUAUGCAUAUUUUACCGAUUGGAGACUGGAAGGGAUAGUUCGUGUCCGAAAAACAGAUGGAGGAGAAAUGACGGUUAUCAGAAGAGGCAUAAGCCACAUAAUGCAUGUUAAAUCGUUUAAUGCAAAUUCCCAGACUGGAUCAAACUAUUGUAACAGGCCUGCCAAUCCAAAUGGAGACUGCAGCCAUUUUUGUUUCCCAGUGCCUAACUUUCAAAGAGUCUGCGGCUGCCCAUAUGGGAUGAAACUGGCCCCUAAUCAACAAACCUGUGUUGAGGAUCCCUCCAGUGAACCCCCAACUUUACAGUGUGGCUCCAACUCUUUCUCCUGUGCCAAUGGCAAAUGUGUGCCAUCGUACUUCAGAUGUGAUGGUGUUGACGAUUGCCAUGACAACAGCGAUGAGGUCAACUGUGGAACCCAUAAUACCACCUGUUCAUCCUCUGCAUUCACCUGCGCCAAUCAGCGUUGUAUCCCUACCAGCUGGCGCUGUGACGGGCACAACGACUGUUUUGAUGAGAGUGACGAACGUAACUGCCCCACGCAUGUCCCCACCACCUGUCUGUCCAACCAGCACACCUGCGCCAACAAACGCUGCAUCCCCUUGAUCUGGCUGUGUGACACCGACAAUGACUGUGGGGACGGCUCAGAUGAACUUAACUGCAAUGUUACAGGAACUUGUUACCCAGGGCAGUUUCAGUGCCCAGACCAUCGUUGUAUUGACCCAAGCUACGUGUGUGAUGGAGACAGGGACUGUGUCGAUGGAGCUGAUGAACAGGGGUGCUCAUAUAACUGCACGGGCUAUGAGUUCAAGUGUGCAAAUGGCCGCCAAUGCAUCAACUCCUACUACCUGUGUGAUGGAGUUUUUGACUGUCAGGAUCACUCUGAUGAAGCUGGUUGUCCCACGAGGCCUCCCGGCAUGUGCCACCACGAGAGUGAAUUCCAGUGCCAGUCGGACGGCAGCUGCGUGCCGGCGGGCUGGGAGUGCGACGGGCACCCGGACUGCGAAGACGGGUCCGACGAGCACCAGGCCUGCCCGGUGCGCACCUGCCGGCCCUCCAUGUUCCGCUGCGACAACGGGAACUGCGUGCCCCGCGGCUGGCUCUGCGACGGCGACGAUGACUGCCGGGACGCCAGCGACGAGCGCGGCUGCCCCACCCCGCCGUUCCGCUGCCCCAGCUGGCAGUGGCAGUGCCCGGGGCACAGCGUGUGCGUCAACCUGAGCCGCGUGUGCGACAACACGCCCGACUGCCCCAAUGGAGCCGACGAGUCGCCUCUCUGCAAUGAGCCUUUGCCAGACCAGGAGAGCUGCUCGGACAACAAUGCGGGGUGCACGCACAACUGUAUCCAGGGCCCCUUCGGGGCUCAGUGCACAUGCCCCAUGGGCUACCUGCUGAGCAACGACUCCAAGACGUGCGACGACGUCGACGAGUGCAGCCCCCCCGGCCUCUGCAGCCAGCACUGCUUCAACGAGCGGGGGUCCUUCCGCUGUCACUGCCAGGAGGGCUACGUGCUGGAGGCCGACCAGCGCACGUGCAAGGCCUCAGGUUCCAGAGAAGCACUGUUGCUGGUUGCGAGCCGAAACCAGAUAGUUUCAGACAAUAUCACAGCCCAGCCGAAUGUUAUCCGCUCCCUGGUACGGGAUGGGAGGAACAUUGUGGCCAUUGAUUUUGAUUCAGUCACUGAUCGUGUGUACUGGUCAGACACCACGCAAGAUAGAAUAUGGAGCGCUUUCAAAAAUGGCAGUGACCGGACAGUUAUAUUUGACAGCGGGGUUACGGUUACAGAAAGCAUCGCUGUUGACUGGGUGGGACGCAACCUGUAUUGGACAGACUAUAUCCUUGAGACCAUCGAGGUGUCCAAACUAGAUGGCAGCCACAGGACUGUGCUUAUCAGUGAAAAUGUGACGAACCCCAGAGGACUAGUGUUGGAUCCAAGGAAUGAUGCUCACGUUAUGUUCUGGAGUGACUGGGGGAGGAACCCGCGGAUUGAGAAGGCCAGUAUGGAUGGCAAAAUGAGGACGGCUAUUAUUAGCAACAAACUCUACUGGCCUAACGGCUUGACCAUAGACUAUCCCAACAAACUGCUCUACUUUGCAGACGCUUAUCUUGAUUUCAUUGACUAUUGUGAUUACAAUGGAAACAACAGGAAGCAGGUCUUAGCCAGUGACUUGGUGCUGCAACAUCCACAUGCCAUUACGAUUUUUGAGGAUUACGUGUACUGGACUGACAGAUAUGUUAGCCGGGUAAUUCGAGCCAAUAAGUGGCAUGGGGAAAACCAGACUGUGAUGCUGUAUAACGUCCCACAGCCUAUGGGAGUUGUGGCUGUCCAUCCUGCCAGGCAGCCUUCAGGUGUCAACUUCUGCUCCAUGAGUCCCUGCUCCCACAUAUGUCUCCUGUCCACUCUUGGGCCCAGAUUUUACUCGUGUGCCUGCCCUUCAGGAUGGACUCUGUCUGCAGACCAGGCGAACUGUGAGAGAGAUGCAGCUCCUUUUCUGAUUGUGGUGCGUGACAGUAUUAUCUAUGGCAUCCCACUGAACCCAGAUGACAAGUCCAAUGAUGCCAUGGUCCCCAUUGCUGGUCUGCACAAUGGCUAUGAUGUUGACUUUGAUGAUUCUGAGCAGAUGAUCUACUGGGUAGAGCACCCAGGCGAAAUUCACAGGGUGAAAUCAGACGGAACCAACCGGACAGAGUUCGCCCCCGCUGCCAUCCUCGGCUCUCCGGUGGGCCUGGCAUUAGAUUGGAUGACGCAGAACCUGUACUACACUAAUCCAGCGUCUCAGUCCAUUGAGGUGCUGAAGCUCCAUGGAGAACUGAAGUACAGGAAAACUCUGAUCACUAAUAAUGGCACUCCCACUGGCGCAGGAACUCCUAUUGGCAUCACUGUCGACCCUGCACGUGGGAGGAUGUACUGGACUGACCAGGGCACAGAGAGUGGUGUCCCUGCUAAGGUGGCAGCUGCAGAUAUGGAUGGAUCCAAUGCUAUCAACCUCUUCACUAACAACAUGGAUCACAUAGAAUUCAUUACUAUUGACAUUGGUGAAAAUAAGCUCUACUGGGCUGUCACAGCAAACGGGGUGAUUGAAAGAGGAGAUCCCGACGGAACAAACCGUAUCACCAUAGUCAACGGGCUUUCACACCCCUGGGGCAUCGCUGUGCACAAUACGUACCUGUACUUCACAGACAGGGAUUAUGAGGUUGUGGAAAGAGUGGACAAGGCCACUGGAGCUAACAGAGUGGUGCUGAGAGACAAUGUGUCUGGACUGCGAGUGCUGAAAGUCCACGAUCGAGAGAAAUCUGCUGGCACAUCUAAUGGCUGCAGUAAUAAUAUAGGCACAUGCCAGCAGCUCUGUCUUCCCAAGCCUAGAGACCAGUAUGUUUGUGCCUGUGCCACUGGCUUCAGACUGAACUCGGACAACAGGACCUGCUCCGCCUAUGAUUCCUUUGUCAUCAUCUCCAUGCUGUCUGCUUUGAAAGGAUUCGGUCUGGAAGGCGCAGAUCACUCAGAGGCCAUGGUGCCAGUCGCUGGAAGAGGUCGGAACGCCUUACAUGUAGAUGUGCACAUGCCCUCUGGGUAUAUUUACUGGUGUGACUUCAGCAACAGCGUGGCUUCGCAGAAUGGCAUCCGGAGAAUCAAGCCGGACGGCUCUUCUUUCCAAACUGUUGUUUCAUCGGGAAUCGGUCGGAAUGGAAUCAGAGGGAUUGCCAUUGAUUGGGUAGCAGGGAAUCUUUAUUUCACAAAUGCAUUCUUGACCGAGACAUACAUAGAAGUGGUGCGCUUGAACACCACAUUCCGCCGUGUGCUUCUGAAAACCACUGUGGACAUGCCAAGACACAUAGUGGUGGAUCCUAAAAACAGGUAUCUCUUCUGGGCAGAUUAUGGGCAAAACCCCAAAAUUGAACGGGCAUUUCCAGAUGGCACUAACAGGACAGUGCUUGUGUCUUCUGGUAUUGUGACCCCAAGGGGUUUGGCUGUGGACUACCAGAAUGGUUACAUUUACUGGGUGGACGACUCCUUGGAUAUGAUUGCUAGGAUACGGCCCGAGGGGGGCGAAACUGAAAUAGUGAGGUACGGAAGUCGAUACCCCACUCCCUACGGCAUUACUAUCUUUGAAAACACCAUGAUUUGGGUGGACAGGAACUUGAAAAAGGUCUUCCAAGCCAGUAAACUGCCUGGAAACACAGAGCAGCCAGCGCUUGUCCGGGAUAAUAUCAACCUACUGAGAGACGUCACCAUAUUUGACAGGCGCACUCAGCCCAGGACAGCACAGGAGGUCAGCAAUAACCCCUGCUUGGAAAGCAACGGAGGCUGCGCUCACUUUUGCUUUGCCAUCCCCGGGACUCAGACGCGAAAGUGCGCCUGUGCCUUUGGGAACUUGGCAAGAGACGACGCGAGCUGCGUGGUUUCACGGGACGACUACUUGAUCUACACGACGGAAAGCACCAUCCGCAGCCUCCGUCUGGACCCGGAGGACCAUGCCCUUCCGUUCCCAGUGGUCACCGUUCUCCGCACCGCCGUGGCUCUGGACUACGACCGAGCAGAUAACAGACUGUACUUCACACAGAGCUCGGGGGCGGGCAACAGUAGAAUCAGCUACAUAAGCCUCUCCUCUCCUACCUCGCCCCCCACCGUUGUGGCAUCAGAUUUGGGUGCUCCUGAUGGUAUAGCCUAUGACUGGAUAAAUAAAAGGAUUUACUACAGCGACUACAUUAACCAGACCAUAACCUCUAUGGCAAUUGAUGGGUCUCAGCGCACAACCAUUGCUCGAGUUCCACGUCCCCGAGCCAUAAUGCUAGACCCCUGUAGAGGGUAUAUGUACUGGACUGACUGGGGGACCAACGCUAAGAUUGAAAGAGCCACACUAGGAGGGAACUUUAGAACUGAAAUCGUAAACACCAGUCUUGUGUGGCCAAACGGACUGACUCUUGAUUAUGAUGAGGAAAGACUGUACUGGGCAGAUGCAAGUUUGCAGAAGAUCGAGCGGUGUUCUCUGACGGGCUCAAACCGUGAAGUCAUUGUCAGCACGGCUAUUUACCCAUUUGCUAUGACGGUAUACGACCAGCAUAUUUACUGGACAGACUGGAACACCAGGAGCAUCUACAGGGCAAACAAACAUGACGGAUCGGACCAGAUAGUCAUGAUACAGAACUUGCUGUUGCGGCCCAUGGACAUCCAUGUCUUAUCCAACAGCAAGCAGCUGCAAUGUAGCAACCCGUGUGACCAGUUCAACGGAGGAUGUAGUCACAUUUGUGCUCCAGGUCCCCAGGGUGCAGAGUGUCAGUGUCCAUCAGAGGGUCGCUGGUACUUGGCAGACAACAAGCACUGCAUUCCAGACAAUGGGACCAGGUGCCAGCCUAGUCAGUUCACUUGUAUGAAUGGGCGCUGCAUCCGAGCCCAGUGGAAAUGUGAUAACGACAAUGACUGUGGUGAUGGAAGUGACGAGUUGGAGAGAGUCUGUGCCUUCCACACCUGUGACCCCACUUUGUUCACCUGUGGAAAUGGCCGCUGUGUUCCGUAUCACUACCGCUGCGAUCACUACAAUGACUGUGGUGACAACAGCGAUGAAGCUGGUUGCCUCUUCCGCCCUUGUGAUCCAAACACAGAGUUCUCCUGUGACAAUGGCAGGUGUAUUUCUCAAGAAUAUGUGUGUAACGGGGUGAAUAACUGCUAUGACAAUGGCACCACAGAUGAGAAGAACUGUCCUGACCGUACAUGUCAACCUGAGCAUACAAAGUGCCAGACUACAAAUAUCUGCAUCCCUCGCUCGUACCUGUGUGAUGGAGACAAUGACUGCGGAGAUAUGAGUGAUGAGAGCCCCACUCACUGUGCAACAGCAACGUGUGCGGACAAUGAAUUCCGCUGCUCCAGUGGACGCUGUAUCCCAGCUUACUGGUACUGUGAUGAGGGAACUGACUGUGCUGAUGGGUCCGAUGAGCCACCAUCCUGUGCCACCUUUGUGAGAACAUGUUCCAGUGACCAGUUCAGAUGUGACGAUACAAGAUGCAUUCCUGCUUCCUGGAUCUGCGAUGGUGACAAUGACUGUGGAGACAUGAGUGAUGAGGACCAAAGACACAACUGUGCGAACCGCAGCUGUACAGCUUCGGAAUUCACUUGCAUUAACAACCGGCCUCCACAGAGGAAGUGUAUCCCACGGUCCUGGGUCUGCGAUGGAGACGCUGACUGCGCAGACGCCUACGACGAGCACCAGAACUGCACCAGGGUACCCUGCUCAGCGAAUGAGUUCACCUGCAGCAAUGGCCUCUGCAUUCGUGGCUCCUACAGGUGUGACCGGCGCAAUGACUGCGGCGACGGCAGUGACGAGCAGGGCUGCACCUACCAGUCCUGCCAGCAGCACCAGUUCACCUGUCAGAACGGCCGCUGCAUCUUCAAAGACUUCGUCUGCGACGGCGACAACGACUGCGGGGACGAGUCGGACGAGCUGGGUCACCUGUGCCACACCUCCCCGCCCACCUGUCCCUCGGGCCACUUCGCGUGCGACAACGGGAACUGCAUCCAGAGCAGCCGGGUCUGCGACCGGACUGACGACUGCUCCGACAACAGCGACGAGAAAGGAUGUGGUAUCAACGAAUGCACGGAUCCCUCAAUGCACCAUUGUGAUCACAAUUGCACGGACACUCCCACAAGCUUCUACUGCUCCUGCCGCCAAGGGUACAGGCUGAUGUCAGACAGCAGCACCUGCGAUGACAUCAAUGAGUGUCACGAAACGCCCAGCGUGUGCAGUCAGGUGUGCGAGAACACAGUUGGCUCCUACAUCUGCAAGUGCGCUCCGGGGUACAUCCGCGAGCCAGACGGGAGGCGAUGUCGGCAGAACAGCAACAUCGCCCCCUACCUGAUCUUCAGCAACCGCUAUUACCUCCGCAACUUGUCCACAGACGGACAGGCCUACUCCCUCAUCCUGCAGGGCCUGUCUAACGUAGUGGCCAUGGACUUCGACCGGGUGGACAGGCGGCUGUACUGGAUCGAUGUGGGGAGGAGUGUGAUUGAGCGAAUGUUCUUCAACGGCACAGAUAAGGAGACAGUAGUCAGCGGAGUGUUACAUGGUGAGGGUCUGGCAGUGGAUUGGGUUGGCAGGAAACUGUACUGGGUUGAUGCAUUUCGGGACUGCCUGAAUGUGGCUGAAAUGGAUGGACGCUUUGUUAAAAAACUUGCUGAUCGUUGUGUUGACCUCAACAACACUUACUGCUUUGAAAAUCCCAGGGCUGUUGCUGUACACCCUAAAUAUGGCUACGUUUAUUGGACAGAUUGGGGUCACAAAGCAUUUAUUGGCCGUGUUGGAAUGGAUGGAUCAAAUAAAUCGGCAAUCAUCACUUACAAGAUAGAGUGGCCGAAUGGACUCACCAUUGACUACACAAACGAUAAGCUCUACUGGGCCGAUGCACAUUUGAACUAUAUUGAAUAUUCAGACUUAAAUGGUCACCAUCGUCACACAGUGUAUGAUGGAACUUUGCCUCAUCCCUUCGCCAUCACGCUGUUUGAAGACACUCUGUACUGGACCGACUGGAACACCAGGACUGUGGAGAAAGGAAACAAGUACGACGGAUCAGGCAGGGGUGCUCUUGUCAACACAACGCACAGGCCAUUUGACAUCCACGUGUACCACCCCUACAGACAGCCGAUAGUGACUAACCCCUGUGGUGUGAACAAUGGAGGCUGCUCCCAUCUGUGUCUGAUUAGAGCGGGUGGCCAAGGCUACACCUGCGAGUGUCCUGACCACUUCCUCACCGUGCAGCUGGGGGGCAUCGCCCGCUGUCUUCCCAUGUGCUCCAGCACCCAGUACCGAUGUGCCGACAACGAACGGUGUAUUCCCAUCUGGUGGAAAUGCGACGGGCAGCGGGACUGCCGGGACGGGUCCGAUGAGCCGCCAGUGUGCCCCAGUCGACACUGUCGCUUGGGACAGUUCCAGUGCAACGACGGGAACUGCACCAGCCCACACUUCCUGUGCAACACAAUCCCCGACUGCAGCGAUGGCUCCGAUGAAGACCCCGUCCUGUGUGCCAAUCACCAGUGCGAGAGCCACCAGUGGCAGUGCCAGAACAGGAAGUGCGUCCCAGAGGCCUGGCAGUGUGACGGCGAGGACGACUGUGGCGACGGCUCCGACGAGGAGUCCGCGCACUGCGCCGCCAGGACCUGCCCCCCAGGACAGUUCAAGUGCCGCAACGGCCGCUGCAUCCCGCAGAGCUGGAAGUGCGACGUGGACGACGACUGCGGCGACGGCUCUGACGAGCCGCAUGAUGAGUGCAUGGGCCCUGCAUAUCGCUGUGACAACCACACAGAGUUUGACUGCAAAACGAAUUACCGCUGUGUUCCCCUGUGGUCAGUGUGCAACGGAUACGAUGACUGCCGUGACAACAGCGACGAGCAAGGCUGUGAGGAGCUGACGUGCGAGCCUCUGGGGGAUUUCCGCUGCGACAAUCACCGGUGCAUCCCGAUGCGCUGGAAGUGUGACGGAGACAACGACUGCGGCGACGGGUCCGACGAGCGUGGCUGCAGCCCUCGUGCUUGUACAGAAAGCGAGUAUCGCUGUGACAAUCUGCACUGCAUUCCUAACCGCUGGGUGUGCGACCAUGACAACGACUGUGAGGACAAUUCUGAUGAAAGAGACUGCGAGCUGGGGACCUGUCAUCCUGGUUAUUUCCAGUGCACCAGCGGUCAUUGCAUUGCUGAGAGGUUCAAAUGUGACGGAAAUGCCGACUGUCUGGACUACUCCGAUGAGACGACGUGUCCAACACGUUAUCCGAAUGGCACUUACUGCCCUCCGUUCCUGUUUGAAUGUAAGAACCACGUGUGUGUCCAGCCCUACUGGAAAUGUGAUGGAGACAAUGACUGUGGAGACAACUCUGAUGAAGAGCUGCACCUCUGCUUGGACAUCCCCUGUGACCCACGUGUCCGAUUCCGGUGUGAAAACAACCGCUGCAUCUACAACCAUGAGCUCUGCAACUCGGUGGAUGACUGCGGGGAUGGAACUGAUGAGAAAGAAGAGCACUGUAAAGCACCCACCCACGCUCCCUGCAUGACAGAUGAAUACAAAUGCGGCAAUGGCCAGUGUGUCCCACUGCAUUACGUGUGUGACGAGUACGACGACUGUGGAGACCAUUCAGAUGAGCUCGGUUGCAACCAUGGCACUGGGCGCUCCUGCAGCGAGAACAUCUGCGAACACAACUGCACCGAUCUGGCAGAAGGAGGAGGGUUCAUUUGCUCUUGCAGAGCUGGAUAUGGACCCAGAGAGACAGACAGAAACUCAUGUGAUGAUAUCAAUGAAUGUGAGAUUUAUGGCACCUGUCCCCAGGACUGUAAGAACUCCAAAGGAAGCUACGAAUGUUUCUGUUUGGAGGGAUUCCGAUCAGUCGGUGAACAGUAUGGAGAGGAGUGUGCUGCAGAAGGGAUUCCUCCUCUGCUGCUCCUGCCUGACAGUGUGCGAAUCCGCAGAUUCAACCUCUCCUCUCAGCAGUACUCGGACUUUGUUGACAACGCAGAGCACAUCCAGGCCUUAGACUACGACUGGGACCCGGAGGGAAAUGGCCUCAGUAUCGUGUACUGGACAGUGCGGGGCCAGGGAGCUCAGUUUGGAGCUAUUAAACGUGCUUACAUGACCACCGUCAAUGACAAUGGUAACAACCCAGUGAAGGAGGUGGAUCUGAAUCUGCGAUAUAUUGCCAACCCAGAUGGGAUUGCUGUUGACUGGAUUGGAAGACACAUUUAUUGGACUGAUGCAGGGACCAAUAGAAUUGAAGUGGCAAAGAUGGAUGGACGUUACAGGAAGUGGCUUGUUCACACCGACCUGGACCAGCCUGCUGCCAUUGUAGUCAACCCAAAACUUGGAGUGAUGUACUGGACUGACUGGGGCAGGGAGCCCAGGAUUGAGAGUGCCUGGAUGGAUGGCCAGCACAGAAACGUCCUGGUGGGUGAAGACCUUGGAUGGCCCACUGGCCUCUCUGUGGACUAUCUCAAUGGAGACCGGAUCUACUGGAGCGACUCCAAAGAGAACAUUAUUGAAUCCAUGAAGGCAGAUGGAACUGACAGGAAGAUAAUUGUAUCAGGGGACAUUGGCAAUCCAUACAGUCUGGAUGUCUUUGAGGGACACAUAUAUUGGACAACAAAGGAAAAAGGUGAAGUCUGGAAGACAAAUAAAUUUGGAAAGGGAGAAAAAGUGAAGGUGAUAACAAUAAAUCCUUGGCUGACUCAAGUUCGCAUCUACCAAGAGCAUCGAUACAACCAUUCAGUGCCUAAUCCCUGUAAAGGGGUCUGCAGUCACCUGUGUUUGCUCCGACCUGGUGGUUACACCUGUGCCUGUCCGCAGGGCUCACAGUUUGCCAGUGGAAAUCCCUAUGAAUGUGAUGCAGCGAUUGAAGCUCCACUGACAAUGCCCUUUCCAUGCAGAUGUGUGAACGGUGGAACUUGCUAUACUGAUGAGAAUGGUCUUCCAAAAUGCAAGUGUGCUUCUUACUAUAGUGGAAGUUACUGUGAACAGGGGACAUGGAAAGGAGCCCCUCCAGGAACAGUCAUUGUGUUGCUGGCCGUGAUCAUAAUCCUGCUUAUUGGGGCUUUGGCAGCUGGGCUGUUCUUCAAUUACAAACGGACUGGCUUGCUUCUCCCACCCCUGCCCAAACUCCCUAGCUUGAGCAGCCUGGUGAAGUCUGGUGAGAAUGGCAAUGGGGUGACAUUCCAUUCAGGAGACGAUGUCACAAUGGAUCUGGGGCCGCCGGUGGCGCUAGGAGUUUCUGUGAUCGACAGAGCUAUGCAAAUGAGCGAAAGCUUCGCAGUGGAAGCAGGAAAGCAGCCCGUCACGUUUGAGAAUCCUUUGUAUGCGACUACUGCAGGCGCACCCAAUGAUCCUGCGGUCAUCCAUGCCUCCCAGGUUACGGUGAAUGUGAACUCUGAGCGGACUGAAAAAAGUUUUGAUAACCCCACCUAUCAUGUGGAGCAGCCUGCGGCUGAAGUGGAAGGUCCUUCGGCCAGCAAAGAGACACCACAGGAGUCUAAAUGGACUUUCUUCAAGAGAAAGCUGAAACCAAGUACAAAUUUUGAAAAUCCUGUAUACACAGAGAUGCAAAAAGAUCAGCCGGAGGGCAGUCCUGAGGAUGGAGCUGCUGCUUCUGAACCUUCUCCAUUUGCACCACCACAGAAAUCUCAAAAGAAAGACCGGCCAUCUGCCUUCACGCCCACAGAAGACACUUUCAGAGACACGGCCACUCUCGUCAAAGAAGACAGUGACGUAUAACUGUUCAGCAGAGACAUCAGAGACAGACUUGCCUUUGCACAUAAUAUAUUUUUAUAUGCAGCCUGUACAAAACUAGAUUAUUUUCCAAAAAAAAAACUUUAUAUGAAAUUAUAAUAGCUUACAGAGUGGGGGUCUGUCUUAACAUUGCCUUGUUAUAUUUCUAAUGCCAAUUCUCAUAUUUUUUAUGAUUUUUUAUGGUGAUGUACUAUAUGUAUAUCUUUGCACUGAACCUGCUUAAUGUUAUAAAUAUGUUGUAUAUUUGUAAAUUUGUGAAAGAUUAUGUCAACUUUCUCUGGAAAAUACGAUCCUGGCAAUAGAAGAUCUGCUCCAUAGUGGUACAUGAGCAAGAAAACACAGUUUAUGAGUAAAGUACAAACAGCUAUAACUGUAAAAAAAUAACAGUAGCUUGGAUUAAUCUAAAUAAUGAAACAGUCUUUAACAAAGAUGAAGAUUAAUGCAUUUCAUCUUUAAUGUUUAUAUACCUCAUACCUAGGCUGAGAAACAAAACAAAGACAUAAAACUGGGAUCUUGUUGUCUGUUCUUGAGAAUUGUAAGUCAGAAUAUUAUUUCUUUCACUUUCAAAGGACAAACAGGAAAUGUUUUUAAAUCCACCUCAGAUUAGUACUUUAGCCUAAUAUUUCCAUUGAAAUGCUUAAUGAACAAAAGUUUUCUGCAAUAUCAUGGAAAUUUAACAUUGCAGUGCAGUUCACAGAAACUCAGGACUGUAGAUCACACAGUCUGUUGUAGAUGGUGCAUUAGGUAAGUUAUUCAACAUUUUGACCUAUGUUACAAAUCACUUUACAUAUAAAGAAAUUAAAUGAAUAAAUGAUUGGAUGGGAAAGGCCUUCAAGGGUAGGAAAGGACAUAAAGCAAUAGUUUCAUAGAUAUCUCUUAGCACUAAUCCGGGACUAGUGCAAACUGGGGGCCUGUUGUUUAUGAGUUUGUGAGUGACAUCAGACAUCAGCACUGAGAACAUUCUUUAAAAUGAAUUAUGAAACGCUAUAAAUUGUUCCUUUUUAUUGAGAUUUGCCAUCAUAUCUCAAGUCAUCACCACUGAAAAUAAAAAAAAUGCUGUUAGCAUUCAUGCACAGACAGUAUGUUUUCUUGUGAGCAAUACAUAAACAGGCCCACUCCUUUGCAAUUUUCCAUAUUUCUGCAGUUUUUGCCUUGUCAAACAGUUUUCCUGCUCCAAACAUUUCAGUUGUUUUCAAGGAUCACCAUUUUGUAUUCUAAUUACAAGAAGAAUACAAUAAAACACCUUGCACCCAUACAGUAUGUAGAAUACUUUUUGGAUGAAGUUGUGAGACACAUUUAAUAUGCCUAAAUAUACUUGUAGAUGAAAAGAACAGGAACUGGAAAAAAUUGCUGCUGCUGAAACAAAUCUAAUAAAUGUGUUAUUUUAUCAAUA